CGACGCUUUCGGCACUCUAAGACGGGCCCUUGUUUCUCUCUCUAUCAGGCUCGCUCGCUAUCUUUCCCGAUUUUCCCUGUCUGUUCGGUGACAGCAGUUUGGGAAACAUGGCGUCGGAAGGGAUGAUUUUAACAAACCACGACCACCAAAUCCGCGUUGGAGUACUGACAGUUAGCGACAGCUGUUACAGAAAUCUUGCUGAGGACCGAAGUGGGGUAAACUUGAAAGAUGUGGUACAAGAUCCAUCUUUGUUAGGUGGGAUAAUCUCCGCCUACAAAAUAGUGCCUGAUGAAGUAGAUGUAAUCAAGGAAGUACUAGUAGAUUGGUGUGAUGAAAAGGAACUCAACCUGAUCUUAACGACAGGAGGCACAGGAUUUUCACCACGUGAUGUAACUCCAGAGGUACUCUUGAUAUGGUCUUCAAACCAACUUCAAGCCACAAAAGAAGUCAUAGAGCGGGAAGCCCCUGGAAUGGCCUUAGCAAUGCUGAUGGGAUCAUUGAACGUUACACCUCUGGGCAUGUUGUCGAGGCCUGUAUGUGGAAUUAGGGGGAAGACCCUUAUUAUUAACCUACCUGGUAGUAAGAAAGGGUCACAGGAAUGUUUCCACUUCAUACUGCCCGCAUUGCCUCAUGCCAUUGACCUACUACGGGAUGCCAUUGUGAAAGUAAAAGAAGUUCACGAUGAACUGGAAGACUUGCCAUCACCGCCACCUCCCCUGUCCCCUCCAUUAAAUCCAAGUCCCAACAAACAGACAGAAGACAAAGGUGUUCAGUGUGAAGAAGAGGAGGAAGAGAAGAAGGAUAGUGGAGUUGCCUCAGCUGAAGAUAGCUCUUCAUCACAUAUUACUCCUGCAGCCAUUGCGGCCAAGAGCCAUCCAUCCUACAUCAACCCCGCUGUUGUCAUGGCAAAAGGAGAACAUCUCAUUCCUGGUAUCCUCACCUCUUCCAGUCAUGUUUCAUCUGGUGAGGAAGAGCUGAUUCCUGAUUCCAUAAUUUCUCGUGGUGUACAGGUGCUGCCACGAGAUACUGCCUCUCUUAGUACCACGCCAUCAGAAUCACCUCGUGCCCAAGCCACAUCUCGCCUUUCCACUGCAUCUUGCCCAACACCAAAACAAAUUAGACGACCAGACGAAAUCAAAGGAGUUGCAAAUAGAGUCGGAUCUCUCAAACUCCAUCGAAAGCUGGAGGAGCUGAGAGAUCACCUAGAAGGCAAUGUGAAAGGAUGCUCUCUCCGAGUAAAUGCUCGACUCCCUUCGUGUUCCUCAACCUAUAGUGUUUCUGAGCUCCACUAUAGGUUGGAAGGGCUAAAAGAUGAACUCAGGAGGAAUAGAGACUACGAUUCGAGAGUCCAGUCACGGUGCAGCAGCAAAGAAAACAUUCUGAGAGCCAGUCACAGUGCAGUCGAUAUCACCAAAGUCGCUCGAAGGCAUCGCAUGUCGCCAUUUCCAUUAACGUCAAUGGACAAAGCUUUCAUCACAGUACUAGAGAUGACUCCUGUCCUCGGUACAGAAAUCAUAAAUUACAGAGAUGGAAUGGGCAGAGUCUUGGCUCAGGAAGUAUAUGCAAAAGACAACCUCCCUCCAUUUCCAGCAUCAGUAAAGGAUGGCUACGCUGUACGAGCUGCUGAUGGUCCUGGAGACCGUUUCAUAAUCGGCGAAUCCCAAGCAGGGGAACAGCCAACUCAGACAGUCAUGCCUGGCCAAGUGAUGCGCGUAACGACAGGUGCUCCCAUUCCAUGUGGUGCUGACGCAGUUGUACAGGUCGAAGACACAGAACUCAUCAGGGAAUCGGAUGACGGUACAGAAGAAAUAGAAGUUCGUAUUCUGGUACAGGCACGGCCAGGUCAAGACAUCAGACCAAUAGGCCAUGAUAUUAAAAGAGGAGAGUGUGUCCUAGCAAAAGGCACGCACAUGGGUCCAUCUGAAAUUGGUCUUUUAGCAACAGUCGGUGUCACAGAAAUAGAAGUUAACAAGUUUCCAGUGGUUGCAGUAAUGUCCACAGGAAAUGAGUUACUGAAUCCAGAAGAUGACUUAUUACCAGGGAAAAUUCGAGAUAGCAACCGGUCGACACUGUUAGCAACAAUCCAAGAACAUGGCUAUCCAACUAUCAACUUAGGAAUUGUUGGAGAUAAUCCAGAUGAUCUUCUGAAUGCACUGAAUGAAGGGAUAAGCCGUGCUGAUGUCAUUAUUACAUCUGGGGGUGUAUCCAUGGGUGAGAAGACAUUGCAUCCUGCUUCUUGCCGGGAGGACCGACGUACAUCAGCGACCAGUAGCCGUGCCAGUCCAUUGGCCAGUCAGCAGGAGGUGCAUUCCUGCCAGGCAGAGUCAUGCCAAGGGGACCAUGAAGGCUGUAAUCGCAGUAGGGCCCACAUUGAUUACCUGAAGCAGGUGUUGGAUAUUGACCUCCAUGCCCAGAUACACUUUGGCAGAGUUUUUAUGAAACCAGGUCUCCCAACAACGUUUGCAACUUUGGAUAUAGAUGGUGUCAGAAAAUUAAUCUUUGCACUCCCAGGCAAUCCUGUGUCAGCAGUCGUCACCUGUAAUCUUUUCGUUGUUCCUGCCUUGAGAAAAAUGCAGGGAAUCCUUGACCCAAGGCCGACAAUUAUUAAAGCAAGGUUAUCCUGUGAUGUUAAAUUAGACCCAAGACCUGAAUACCAUCGAUGCAUAUUAACUUGGCAUCACCAAGAGCCCUUACCUUGGGCACAGAGUACAGGGAAUCAAGUCAGCAGUCGCCUGAUGAGUAUGCGCAGUGCCAAUGGACUGUUGAUGCUACCUCCAAAGACAGAGCAGUACGUGGAACUUCACAAAGGCGAAGUGGUCGAUGUCAUGGUGAUUGGACGACUAUGAUGUCACCAGCAGAGGCCGACGCUUUGGUGCAUGUCCCCACAUACCAUUGACUGUAUCCUGUAAUAUGCAAUGGCACAGCUAGUUUUUAUGAUUUGGAUCAGAGGUGAUCAGCAUAGAUGAUAUCUUGGAAUACAUUCAAACACAAUGAAAGUAUUCAUUUUUGAAGACAAAAAAAUCUUGUAAGACUACUCUGUAUUAUACUAUCAAGGCAAUUUUUCUCUUUUUCAUUGCAAUUGCUUUGUGUGUUCGAUGCUAGACCUGAUAGCGGUAGCGUUUACUAGACAGCAGUAGGUGCCUGCACAACUUGUGUUUCUCUCAUCUUUAAAGUACAGAUACUGAUGCUCUUUAACAAGGCUGUCUGCUUACUUUAUACUAGCGUAGAUUACACUGCUAUUUCCUUCAUUAGUAUGCAUCAUAACCGCUUCCCAGAAAGCUUUGCUUGUUCUUUAAUCUCAUAUCUCUUGUUUAUGUGCACAGUGCCAAAAGCAGGGUGGCUGCGUUUGGACCUGGUGGACAUAAUGACACCUUGCUGCCAUAUAUGGGGACUUUCAUCCCCACUUUCCCUCCCCCUCUACCUUCCUCUUCCUUCUUGUCCUCAUUUCUCUUAUCCUUAAGCAGCCACCAGGCUCAGUACUAUUGGACAAUGACCAGAAAAAAUCUUUUAUUUAAAGAAAUUGCUUCCUUAAGUGCUGACAGCCUUUUUAACCAAGAAAUAAAAAAAAUGUACAGAAAAUUUAAAAAAGACUGAACUUGUACAGCUAACAGAGUACCAGCAUUCAUGCAAAAAUUAUGAGCAGUUGGGAGAUGUUAAACAACUCUGUACCAUAACAUUUUCUGUAAUGAUAUUGAAACAGAAAUUAAUAAAAACUAAGAUCAUUAUUUAAA